UUGUCGUUUUGUUACGACAGUGGAUUGUGUUGAUUUCAAUUACUGUAGGUGGCACUGGGCGAAAAAUCAGCAAAUAAAAUAUCGGUGAUCUGUUCUCAAUCGUGUAAAAAUGUUCUGUAAAACAGGUGAGUUAACUAAAGUGAGAGAAAUUACGUUAAACGUUCAAUCGCUAAUAAUGUAGGCGAAGGGAAUGUCAAUGAAAACAUCAUCAUGCACUGACAUUUGGGUUGCUUAUUCCAGUAUGCAUGAUUAUUGCACGAUGCAAUGCCAUUGCGUGUCCUUUUGUUGGACGAUUGAUUGCCUUUGUGCAUAUCUAAUAUCUGGCAUUGUAAAUCUGACAGACAGUCCGCAACAGUUAUACAUUUGUCCACCCUACCCCGUUUAUUGCAAAUUGAUUACACAUGCUUUGUCUGACUGCAGCCGGUUUCUUCUUCCUAUUCCCCACCUUGAUUUUUAAUUAUCAACAUUUCUACUGGGUAAGUGGAACUAUUAUUGGAACAAUUUCACUGUGACUGUAAUUCCAUCUAUUAGAAACGGGUCUUAUUUCUAGUAUGGAAUAUUAACUAAGAAAAAGUACAAUAGGCUAGCCUAUUGUAGCCAGUGAUUCUAGCUGACUAAACUCAACUGCAUGGUGAAGGAGGAAGUCGUUCUAGACCAGUACCCGACGGUCAAGGUCCAGUUGUGGAUUCAUCACGUGCAGCUGUGGAAACAGUAGCGCGCUGACAGUUACUCUCUUGUGAUCUAUGUGAACAUAACUGGUACCAUAGAACCGUAUUCGAGCAGCUGGCCAAUUACGCAAGCCUUUAGUUCUGGUUAAUAAAGAUUAGCUGACAGUCAGAAGUUCUAUGAACUAGAGGCAGGAGGAUCAGGCCAGGGUACACAUGGCAGUGGCAGGUAAAAAUGACUUUGCAGUUCUCAACACCGGGCGGAAAAUGCCUCUCCUCGGGCUAGGAACAUGGAAGAGCGAACCUGGCAAGGUGAAACAAGCAGUGGUGUGGGCCUUGCAGGCUGGCUACCGUCACAUCGACUGUGCUGCCAUCUAUGGCAACGAGGUGGAGAUCGGAGAGGCUCUACAGGAGACGCUUGGCCCUGACAAAGCCCUGAGGCGAGAGGAUGUGUUUAUCACCUCUAAGCUGUGGAACACACAGCAUCACCCGGAGGAUGUGGAGCCCGCUCUGCUGAAGACACUGAAGGAGCUGAGGCUGGAGUACCUGGAUCUCUACCUCAUCCACUGGCCCUAUGCCUUCCAACAAGGUGACGCUCCUUUCCCCAAGUCAGAGGACGGCACCCUGCUGUAUGACGACAUCGACUACAAGCUGACUUGGGCUGCCAUGGAGAAGCUGGUGGGGAAGGGCAUGAUCAGGGCUAUCGGCCUGUCCAACUUCAACAGCAAACAGAUAGACGACGUGCUGUCUGUAGCCAACAUCAAACCCACUGUGCUUCAGGUGGAAAGUCAUCCGUAUCUGGCUCAGGUGGAGUUGCUGCGACACUGCCGGGACAGGGGCCUGGUGAUGACGGCGUACAGUCCACUGGGGUCACCGGAUCGGGCAUGGAAGCAUCCUGACGAGCCUGUCCUCCUGGACGAACCAGCCAUCAACACCCUGGCCAGGAAGUACAACAAGUCCCCAGCACAAAUCAUCAUUAGAUGGCAGACGCAGCGAGGAGUGGUGACGAUCCCCAAAAGUGUGACAGAGUCUCGGAUCAAAGAGAAUAUCCAGGUGUUUGAUUUUACCCUUGAAGCAGAAGAGAUGAAGUGUAUAACGGCAUUGAACAAAGGCUGGCGCUACAUUGUACCAACCAUCACAGUUGAUGGGAUGCCCGUCCCCAGGGAUGCCGGACAUCCACACUACCCCUUCAUUGACCCCUACUGAGUAAAUCCCCAAAUUGCUGCCCACUUUUGUGCCUUGGGAACCCCCUCCCCUUCCAAGGCUGUGUCCCAAUUCGAUGAAAUGGCUUCCUUUCGUCACAAUCCUGUGUAGACAACUGAUGUCUUUUUUUAGGGGAAAGAAGGUUGGUAGAAAAAGUCCAGCUCCUGUCAGAUCAGUUGUCAUGGUGGUGUGGUGACAGGGAAAGAGUGCUUUAUGAGAGUACUAGGACAUAGCAUCUGUGUGCUUCGUAAAUAAAAAUGUUUUGUUACUGCC